AUGGACCUGGACGAGAUAGCGGCAGCAGGGGAUCAGAAGGCAAAGGCGGAUCAGUACCGAGCAGUCCUAGAGCAGGCCGUGGCCUCGGGCGAUGCGGCAGCAUGUCGACGCUUCGUAGACCACGUGCUGUCGGACGCCGUGCCGCUCGUGCUCAGCCGCCAGCUGCUGCUGGCCUUUGCACAGAGCCUGCCGCAGCUGGCGCCCGACGUGCAGCGAGACGUGUCCACAUACGCGCUGGACAAGGUGCACCCGCGGGCGGUGAGCUACGAGGAGCAGGUCAGCGCCAUCCGGGAACAGCUGGCGGCGGUGUACGAGGCGCAGGAGGAGUGGAGCAAGGCGGCGCAGGCGCUGGCGGGCAUCGACCUGGACUCGGGCAUGCGCCUGCUGGAUGCAGAGUACAAGCUGGGCAAGAACAUCAAGAUCGCCAUGCUGUACCUGGAGGACAACGACGCGGUGUCGGCAGAAACAUACAUCAAGAAGGCAUCCUCCCUGCUGGCCGCCUGCAAGAACGAGGCGCUGGAGCUGCAGUACAAGACCUGCUACGCCCGCAUCCUCGACUCCAAGCGCCGCUUCCUGGAGGCAGCCACCCGCUACUACGAGCUGAGCCAAGUGGGCAAGCGCAGGAUUGGGGAGCACGAGGUGUCUGGGGAGGACCUUGAGCAGGCGCUGCUGUCGUCCAUCAAGUGCGCGAUCCUGGCGGCGGCGGGGCCGCAGCGGUCCCGCAUGCUGGCCACGCUGUACAAGGACGAGCGGUGCGCCAAGCUGGCGCUGUACCCCUUUUUGGAGAAGGUCUACCUGGAGCGGAUACUGGGCACCGCAGAGGUGGAGGCCUUUGCCGAGGGGCUGGCCACCCACCAGCUGGCCAAGCUGCCCGACGGCUCCACCGUGCUGGAGCGGUCGGUGACGGAGCACAACCUGGAAGCUGCCUCGAAGCUGUACAACAACAUCUACGUGGCCGAGCUGGGCGCGUUGCUGGGGGUGGCCCCCGACAAGGCAGAGGCGGUGGCGUCCCGCAUGGUCAUGGAGAGCCGGCUGCAGGCCAUCAUCGACCAGGUGGACGGCCUCAUCACCUUCAAGGCCGCCCCCGAGCCGCUGCAGCAGUGGGACCGUAACAUCGCCGCCGUGUGCCAGGCGGUCAACGCCAUCGUGGAUGACGCUGCUGCCAAGGGCAUCCGACUCAGCUAG